AUGACGGAGCGAGCGCGUGAGAUCUCGGCAUGCAUUACGAUUUUCGGAUUGUUAGAGUGGCCUCGCAUGCCUUUCGGAUUGAAGAACGCGCCGCAAAUCUACCAGCAGCUUCUCGGCAAUGACCUGUACGGAUUCCCCAAGAUCGGAAAUGGCGAGAACGCAGAAGACCAAGCCGACGUGUUCACCUCAGGAGAGCCAGAGAUGGGUCACGGAUCUUCGGUGCUGGGACGACGGUCGUACAUCGACGACAUCUUGGCCACUGCUGAUUCGUGGGACAAUCUCUGUGAGAAGGUUGAAGGACUGCUCGACGCCUGCGAUCGUUGGAACUUGUCGAUCAGCGUGGUGAAGAGCGCAUGGGGCAUGCGCAAGACCCUGCGUGCGAUGCAGUCGUUCCUCGGCAGUUUGAAUUACUACAGACGCUUCAUCGAGGACUUCGCCGUGUAUGCCGCGAUCUUGUACGAACAGCGUGAGUCGGACUUCUUCGAGCUGCGUCGCCGAACGAAGGUCGUGGAUCAUCCAGUGCAGACAGGGGCUGUCGACCAAGACGAGAUUGAUGAAGACCGCUGGACGCAAGCCACGGUCGAGUUCACCAUGCCGAAGGCGAAGAUCGUCUCGACACCGAUCCUGAAACACUUCGACCCUGGCCACCCACCCGUGAUCGUAGUUUACGCGAACAAGUGGGCGAUCUCCGCAGCCUUGAUGCAGGAACAUGAUGGCGUGUUCUGGUCAGUGACCUUCACCAGUUGCAUCUUGAAGACGAGCGAACUAAAUCACGGGAUCGUCGAGAAGGAGGUAUUGGCAUUGCUGAGAAUCUUGGGCGUAUGCCACACUAUGCUGGUCUUCAAGACGAUCAAGGUUCUGACGCGAUACUCGACCCUGGCUUGGCUGCUGAAAUCCUCAGGUCUGCAAGGCCGCUUGGGUUCAUGGGCCACCCUCCUGUCACAGUGGACGUUGGAGAUCGUGCGCAUCACUCCACAAGAAGAGGUUGACGAAGCCCUGGCGGCGGUGGCCCCGAAGAAGCAGCCUCGGCAAGUGAUCAUGGCGCCCGAACCGACGGUCGAGCUGAGCGAAGAGCUGACCGUGGUGAGUUUCGAUGGAUCUGCGCGGGUGAAACGUGGCGGUGGAGCAUACAGCGCAUUUGUAUGGAACCUACCCGAGUGGACGAUCAUCACCGUGUCGUCGGCAUAUGCGACCCAGAUGACGGUGAAAGAGGCCGAAUAUCAUGGGUUGAUCUUGUACCUGGAUGUCCUGGCGAAUUGUGACAGGGGACGCUUGGUGAUCUGCGUCGAGUCCAACUUGGUGAUCCGCCAAAUGCGAGGCAAAAUCGCAUGCAAGGCACCCGCGCUGCAGCUCCUUCGUGAGGAAGUGAAGGGGAAACUCUCGACGUGGCCUCAGCACGAGUUCGUGCACGUAAAGCGGGAAUGGAACCGAAGCGCAGAUCGUCUUGCUAGCGAAGCUUUACAGGCGGAAGCUGGUACGGUUGUUACGUCGACGGAGGUCUUCGAGGACUUGAUAACACUCAAGCGACUGGGAGAGAUCCUGAAGCCAAAGAGCAAGGACAAUGUCGUUCACGUGUCGGUGAUCGCUGACUCGUAUGAAGUUGACGAUGACGGACUUCUGCUGUAUUGUCCGCCCUCUGCCUCGAUAGCCUACGAAGAUCGCGACGCGGCCGUCAAGCGGCGAUAUGUGAGUCAGUGUGUGGACUGUGAGGCCGGAAAAGGAAGACCUACCAUUCAAGGAAGAUCGCCCGGAAACCUUCAGGCCACGUACCCGUUCCAGAUCAUUGCCAUGGAUCACAUCCCGUCGCUGCCAAAGUCGUACAAAGGAACCACAGAGCUUCUAAUCUGGGUAGACUUGUUCACCGGUUACGUGCUCGCGAAAGCGAGUGGCACCCGAACGGCACAGCAGAUCGCCGAAAGCUACGAGGAGAGUGCGUUCCGUCGUUUCGGUGCGAGUGAGGUUAUUUGGCACGAUCGCGAACCUGGGUUCAUGUCUGAUGUCUUCCCCGCGUUCAAACGCAUAGUUGGUCAGCGACAAAGCCCCACGAUGGCUUAUCGACCCCAGGCCAAUGGCACAGCGGAGAGGAUGGUGCAGACGCUGACCCGAGCCGUGAAGAUGUAUGCCGUUGACGUGAACCAAACUGGGACUAGUAUGUCGAGCGCCUGA